AGUUCUAAAUCCAGUAGUCAUUCGGACGCCGAGUUGGUCAUCGGCCCUGACAAAGUUGCUCGCAAACACCUACCACUGCACGUACCCGAGACAUGUCAAUCGACGAGAAAUUCGAAGCCGCGGCCGAGGCUGUGAAAAACCUGACGAAACGGCCGUCGAACGAAGAACUUCUCGAGCUCUACGCUCUUUUCAAGCAAGCGACCAUUGGUGACGUUAAUACUGGCAAGCCAGGGAUAUUUGAUCAGAAAGGAAGGGCAAAGUGGGAGUUCUGGAACAGCAAGAAGGGCAUGAGUAAGGACGCCGCCAAAGAAGCGUACAUCGAAUACGUCGACAAACUCGUCGAGAAGUACAAGGACUGAAGACGGUGCUAUUAUAAGUAUAUAUAGCCCUACUCGCACUGGUAGUGCUAAAUCCUACUUUUUUUUUUUUUUUUUUUU